AUGGCGUCACUCAGAAGUCUCCGCAGACUGCAGGGGACUUGGGCGGAAAGGAGACGGCCGGCCGAACAGGUUUGGGGCCGUCAGAGGCAUUGGGCAGUUGGGGGACGUGCCCACGGUGUGUCAGCCGCUGCUGCGUCUUGCCUGGAGUUGGCCUCCCUCGGCCGAGACGGCCCUGGCAGCGUCAGCACCGCGUCAGUUUGCAGCGCGUUCAGCUAUCUUGACGGAGACGCGGAAGAUAUACAGGUUGAUGAAUUCGAGCGGCGGCUUGAUGCAUUGUUUGAGAAAAGCAACGAGACUCUGACCAGUCGCUGCUUGGUGGCUGUUAAGCGAGGCUCCGCAGUGGAGAGUAGCUUGGCUUGCCAGUUGCUGGGGCUGCACAUCCUAACACUGGGGCAACCUGAUGAGAGGCUGUUUCAAACACUGAGGCCAGAGCUGGAGCGGAGCGCCAGCGGCGAUGCCGGCGGUGGAGCUGCCGUACAGGUAGCAGCGAUGGACACGCUGGCGCUGGCGGCGUUCGUGCUAGCGGAGGACGAGAUCGGCACCCGGGUCACCAUGGACCGUCUGAGGGGGAUGUGGCGGAAAGGUGACGUCAAGGCCCGAGCCGCGGCCGUACGCGGCUGGUCAUUCCUGCUCACAUCUCUGAAUGGCGAGAUGCGCGACGACGAAGCGACGUCGUGCUUGGCGGCUCUGGCGGGCCUUAUGAACGAGCGAGAUCUCGAGUUGCGGACAGCCGCUGGCGAGGCUGUUGCCGUACUGCGGUGCUGCUGCUCAAUCCGCGUGCUGGGUUUGCUGGCAGGGGCUGAGGAAGCCGAGGGCCUGGUGGGGGAGGGCGACGGGGAGGUUGAGGCGGCGGACGUGUACGACAGUCAGGAGCGGGAGGACGGAUGGGAGGACGAGCGAGAUGACGAACAUGAAAAGUCCGAGCGGGUGGAAGUCGAUCGUGCGGGGAGCAAUGCCGGCCGCCAUGGCAGGACGCGCAAUGAGGAUCGCGACGGUGGCGGUGGCAGCGGCCAGCUCGCUGAAGUCUUGGAGAGAAUGCAGAACCUGGCAUCAAAUAAAUGUGAAGCCCUCCGGCGCAACCGCCGGGACCGAGCUGCCCUGCGGUCCACCUUCCGCGGCCUGGUGGCGGUGCUUAACGACGGCCGGGUGCCGGAGUGCCGCAUCAAGCUGCAGUACGGAGACUCCCUCACGGUGGAGGGGGUGGCGGCCACUCAGCGACUGGCGUUUCUGAGGCGCUUUUUGGCGGGGGGAUUCCAGGCGCAUCUGCAGCACAACCCGCUAAUGCACGACGUGUUUGACUUCCGCCCCCGUACGGAACGUCCCGAGCGCCUGAGUGCCGCGGAGAAGCGCCUCACCCGCAGCUGCCACAGCGCCGACGCUCGGGCUCGAACCGCCGACCGCCAGUGGGCCCGGGACUCCAAGGCGUCACGUCUGCAUUUCGGCGGCUGCUGA